UCUCAGUCCCAAUGGAAGCCGAGUUUCUGCGUUUGCUCGCUGCCAAGCUGCGCAACAAUGCUGCUGCUGCUCUGUCUGGCGGCGGCGCGUCUGCCGGCGACGUCCCCGUCGAGUCGCUCUCCAAGCUCACCAAGGUGCUUGCCGAGACGAUCAGUCGGCUGCCGGCUGGCCCGCUGCACGAAGCGCUCGCUCGCUCAGUCAAGAAGCACGCUGCAACAUUGCAGUCACUGAUGCUCGCACCUGCCACCGCCACUACAACUGCUGUUGUUGCUGCUGUUCAUGACGGUGCAGGUGCAGGUGCAUCAAGCGCAAGAGCACCUCAGCGCCGUGCGGCCGAUACACCCAUUGCGCCGCCGUCCAAGCGCGCACGGCACGAAUCCACGUCUUCUGACGUUGGCGCCAGCAAGAGUCAGCAACGCAACAACUUCAACCUUCUGAGCGAGUCGGAUGCGCAGAAUGCGAUUCAGCACCUGCAGCCAUCGCUGAAAACGCUCGUGGACAAACAGCAGUCUGACUCGGCCGCUGCCCGAUUGUUGCUGGCAUUCCCCACAGUCGACGCUGCGCAUGCGUUGAUGAGUGAGUUGCUCAAGAGCAGUGCGCCAACGACGACUGCGGCCUUUGAGUGCUUGGCGUCGUCAACGAUUGGCCUUGCGCUUGACCGCCCCGCCCAGCCCGCCCAUCAGUUCCUGAGUUAUUUGCUAGAUGCGUACGGUGAUCAGUGGCUCGACGCCCUCGAUCUUGGUCGCAAAGGAAGCAACGCUGCUGCCCAACAGUGCCAAAGUCAUGCAGAGGUCGUUCGACGAGCACUCGCCACCGUCACCGUGCGCUCUGAAAGCGAUCUGACGCAUGCUGCAGAUUCGGUCGAAGCCAUUCAAGAGCUUUGCUUGCUGUUUGUCGAGUUUUCUCUGCUGGGCUGCGUUGAUGGCCACUCUGGUCUCAAGGUCGCCAACCAGAUUGCGAGCGUCUUGAGUGCUGUCGUGGGCUUGGCGUCGACCGAUGCCUUGCGCGCGCUGUCGUUGGUCGAGUAUAGUGGCAUUCCCAGCCAGCGAAGAGUUGCUCGUGAAGCUGCUCUUGUUAUAUUGCGCCGUGUGAUUCAGCUUCAAGCCACACAAGAGCUUGGCGUUUUGGACUUUUUACGGUUGUUGGUCAUUGCUCGCGCUGCUGUCGGCCUUGCAAAGUCGAGUGGGGCCGAGGUCACCACACUGAGCGCACGACUGGCUGGGCUGCGAGUACCCGAUGGGUUCCUUGCUGCGGUCACUGACGCGUUGAAGCUGGAGACCACCACGACCCGCAAAGCGCUUGUCCGUGAUUGCGUGUCCUUCCUCGUCUUCGAAGCGUCAGACGAGCAUUUGGAAAUCCUCCGACAGGCGUUUGACGACCAUGCCACGACGGAAAGCGCCGAAACUGCUCACGAGGAGGCAGAGGUCGGCUUUUUCAUUGAUACUCAAGUCGAAAAACGCGCGGACGACAACGCCGAAGCCGAAGCCGAAUCGGAAGAGAAUGAGAAUGAGGAUGAUGAAACGCCAGUUCAGUCCGAUAUGGAGACUGAUCAGUCGCAGCAGGAACCUUCCCAGCACGGCAGCGUGCGGCAAGCUCGCCAGACCCUCACAAGCGCGUUGCUCGAGAUGACGCCGACCAUGGACAAGUUUUCCGAUUCGGAUAUUUUCAGCACACCCAAACAACAAGGCUCUGUGCGAACGCGACGCACCCGUUCGUCAAACUCCGUGUCCUCGGUUCAGUCUGUGCAAAGCCUCGCCAGCAACGCCUCCGAGCGCAGCACGCGUUCUUCGAGCCGACUCGCUCGCAAGUCCGCAGCUGCCGCAGGAGACGUCUCUCAAUCAGAAGACGAGAUUGCCAGCUCGCAAGACACCGUUCUCGCCAGCAGCCAAGAUAGCAUUGUUACGCGCAGCCGCCGACGAUGAAGGCUUCCUUUUGACUCUUGUUGUGUUCCCAGUUUGGUUUCUGAUGUUUUGGGAUGCUGUGGUGUUUUGUUGCAAGUGCAGUCAAUAUUCGUAUUUCAUGGCAGGUUGAA